GCCGCGCAGACGCUCCGUCGACGAGCAGGACGAUGAUGAAGACAACGAAGACGAUGAUCGUCGAGAGGCAUCGUAUACGUAUUGGAUGAUUAUCAUAUUAAUGAAUGCACGUCGCAACGACUCGACAAGCCAGUUUGCAAGAUAGUCGACGAGGUGGAGCUUCGUCGUGCACGGGCUCGAAAAUUUCCGGUAAUACAGUGACUUUUUCAUCGUGCCAUCUGUUGGAGAAAAAGACGUAACGAUACAUUCGACAGUGCGCGAGUGUUUUUCGAAAGAAACAGUGACAAAAGUGGACAACAUAUUCGUGUACCGACGAAAAGACCAGAAAAACGACCAGUGUCUGUGUUCAUUUUAUCGUCGUCUGGAAACUACGGGUAUUCGAACAUUUCUGUACGCGAGGAAUAUGUUGUACCAGGAUAAACAAUCCCGAUAUUGAUCUACAGGCAUGUCUCGUCGGAUCGGUAUCUUCGGACGCUGACAUCGUUCGUCCAGAAAAGUGUAACCACGUCGAAGUCGCGGCGAGGAGGAGACGAGCGGCGUGGUCAGUGAGGAGAAUUCACAGCAACAACAGCAGCAAUCUAGUUACGUAGGUGGACAGCGGGAUACUGAGGAGGAGGAAGAACUGGGGGCGGAAGAGGCGGCGGCGCAAGCGGCCCAGUCGCUGCAGAGCGGCGCCGAGGGCGCCGACCCGGAAGUACACAAGAGGGUUGCUGCCGUGCAGGUGCAGGUGCAGGGUAUGGAGGGCGAUUGGCGGACCUACUGCGAGCAUCCGCUCUCGGUAGCGACCGCGGCGAUGCUGAAUCUUCAGCAACAGCACCAGGUAUCGGCUGUCGCCAGCCAUGGCGACGAUCCGGCCGCAUCCUACGUCUACGAGUACUAUAAACUUCCGGAGAAAACCACCGCGGAAGUGAAGUUGCCACCGACACACGAACUUUGGUCCACGGGUGUUAUGGGGCAAAAGCUGCUGGUGCAGGAGGCGCCUGGCUCCGGUUCCGGUUCGACGAAUCGUAUGGAAGGUGGCGAAGGUGCCGGAGGAGGGGAGCUACACCACUUCCUUCAUCAGUACAACCAACAGUCCCACAGUCCCGGACAGAGCCUACAGGGUGGCCUUCCGCUUCCGCUUAGCCCGCAGUCGCUCAGACACGACGGUUCGUCGAGCGCCGGGAUCACCGGGGUGAAAAGGGAACCGGAGGAUUUGAGCUCGUCGCGAGGCGGACAGCAGCCCAGCAAAAGGCACAAACAGGCCCAACCGGAGAGUCCCACGCCACCGGGCAUGUACCAUCAUCAUCAACAUCAGCUACAGGUGCAACAGUACGGAAGCCCCUACGACCCCUACAGCUCGUGCAGUCCCCGGCUACAGUCCACGGCGUACACGUCGACCUCGGCGACAGGAGCGGCGAAUGCUGGUAACCAGAGCGGAUUGCACCAGGAGGCGACGGCUGUCUACGUGACCGGUGACGCUCUACCACCCUUGGCAUCGUCCAGUUCCUCCUCGUUGUCGACGACGACCGCUUCGUACACGAGGUACGAGGUUGUGCCAAGCUCUUACGCGACGACACACGCGAUACGCUCGUCCUCGAGCAGCAGCAAAGUCCUGACCGUUGAUCUUCCCAGCCCUGACUCUGGCAUCGGCGCCGACGCUGUCACACCAAGGCAAGAUCAUCAUCCACCCACGGCGCUGCACCAGUCCUCUUUCGACUACACGGAAUUAUGUCCCGGUGGAACGGCAGCAGGAGCCGCUGUGGUCCUCGAGAGCGGUGCAGUGAUACACCAUCAACCGUUGCAGCUGCAGUUGCAACAGAGCCACGCACAGGCGCAGGUGCAACGCGGAGCCCUGGUGUCCUCGGCAGCGACCACACCGAACCCUAACCCGAAUCCACCGAGGUCGCGACCUUGGCACGAUUUCGGCAGACAGAACGACGCGGACAAGAUUCAGAUACCAAAAAUAUUUUCCGCCUAUGGAUUCAAGUACCAUUUGGAGUCGCCAAUUAGCACGUCGCAGCGUCGGGAGGACGACAGAAUCACGUAUAUCAACAAGGGUCAAUUCUAUGGGAUCACGUUGGACUAUGUUCCUGAUCCCGACAAACCCACUUUGAAAGCUGGACAGACAGUUAAGAGCGUGGUAAUGUUGAUGUUCCGAGAGGAGAAGAGCCCAGAGGACGAGAUUAAGGCGUGGCAAUUCUGGCACGGAAGGCAACAUUCUGUCAAGCAACGCAUCCUGGAUGCCGACACGAAGAACAGCGUGGGAUUGGUGGGCUGCAUAGAAGAAGUUGCGCACAAUGCGAUCGCCGUUUAUUGGAACCCACUCGAGUCCUCGGCUAAGAUCAACGUGGCGGUGCAAUGUCUCAGCACAGAUUUCUCCAGUCAGAAAGGUGUGAAAGGAUUACCUUUGCACAUUCAGGUGGACACUUAUGAGGAACCACCGCCGCACGCCCACACGUACACGCCACCCUCGCAUCGCGGAUAUUGUCAGAUCAAAGUAUUCUGCGAUAAGGGAGCCGAAAGGAAGACUCGUGACGAGGAAAGGAGAGCGGCGAAGAGAAAAAUGACGGCUACCGGGAGGAAAAAACUGGACGAAUUGUACCAUUCCGUCACGGAGCGCAGUGAAUUUUAUUCCAUGGUGGAUCUUCAUAAGCCACCGGUUCUUUUCUCGCCACCGGCUGAGCACACUAUAGACAAGUUCUCGACGAUGGAGUUGUCGGGCUUCUACGGAGGUGGCGGCGGGGGCGGUGGCGAUACAGACACAUCGUCCCUGAGUAACGGUGAGGGCGGAGGAUUGAAGGCAGGGGGUAGCAGCCCUUAUCCUGCCUGCGGCAGACCCAGCUUGCCGGCCCUCAAGUUCCACAACCACUUUCCGCCCGACAAUCUGACUAGCCUGCACGACAAGAAGGACUCGUUGCUGAUGCAGGUGCAGGAGCUGCAGGGCUCGGUGCUGCAGGGUGUGCAGCAAGCUGGUCUCACUGGCACCGUUGUAUCCGGGGUUGGUAACCGGCUACACUUGCAGCAACAACCACCCCAUCUACGGCCGGCCGACACCGAGGAAAGGGUGAUGCUGUACGUCCGUCAGGAGUCGGAGGACGUCUAUACGCCGUUGCAUGUCACACCGCCGACCGUCCAGGGACUGUUGAAUGCUAUUGAGUCAAAGUACAAAAUUGCAUCCUCGAGUAUUAAUAACCUCUAUCGCAAAAACACAAAGGGAAUUACAGCGAAAAUUGACGACGACAUGAUCCGAUACUACGUGGACGAGGAUCUCUUCUUGCUGGAGGUGACCCACUCCAGAAUGAACCCGGACCCGAGUAACGAUCGCAACCCGAACAAUCCCGGUUCACCGGGUGAUCCCGGCGAUCCUGGCGAUCCACCCGCGACCGCUGGUUACGACGUCACCCUGAUCGAACUACCCUCGACCCCGGCUCACGUGGCUCAUUCACCGUUAACGAACUCGUCGCACGGUCACGGGCACGUUCACGACGGCGGGAACACGUGAAGCGACGAUGGGACAUGCAAGAAUGAAAGUAUAUGUAACUAUGUAAGCUUUCCGUUUUGUGUAAAUAAGUCUGAGAGAAGGAGCGAGAGGAUAGCAGCCGUCGACGAUCGCGGAGGAUCGUCGACACGGUGCAAUGUGAGAAAGGGACACUGGGACAGUCCGAUCGGAGAGCUUUUCAAUAAUUACCCCAGUUGUUGAAGAGUAUCGUCGUGCAAGCAAUGGAACAGGAUCUUUGAUCGUGUUAAUUACGAUUGUUAUCUUGCCGCAACAGUGCUCGAAGGAUCAUCGCGUUUUAAGAAGAAACAACCCUGAAGAGGAUCGAAUGGAAGAAGAUCGAGAAGAUACUUGGGACUCCAUGUGAUUGGACUGCAAAGAAAACGAGAAACUGUUCGUAACCGUACAACUUAAGAAGUCAAAAAACAAAAAAAAGCGAUUGUUAGUUUAUAGUGAUCGUCUUGUGUAUCGUUUUAGAAGACCGCUGGUUGAUUUGAUAUACAGGCUGUUCAAUUACGAGUUUCGUGUAUGUUACAUUUCUGUAUUUUUUGAUUAUCGAUAAAAGAGAAUGUUAUUGCAAAGAUUGGCUAUAAACACUUUGUUAUAAGAUUGUAGAUUAAUAUCAUUUUACCAGGUGGUGGUUGUCAUCAGUAUUACUUUUUCAACUGUUUUUGAAUUAAUAAAAGCUCGUGUAAAUAUACAGGAAAUGCUUGCUUAAUUGAACAGCCUGGUAAUAACGGCGAGGUACUCGAAUCGAAACACAAGAUCGCGAAAAAGUAUAUCCGUAGCCGUGCAAGGCGACUCGUUAUUUUAUAUAUUUGUUUGUUUUCACUUGUGAACAAUUUAUAUCGAUGGUUGUUAGCUUGUAGAGUAAAUCGUGGCGUCGUAGUUGAAACGCGAACGCGAUCUAUUAUAAAUCAAUCAAAAUUGAUUUAAGGACUCCCUCUCCGACUCCCUGUAUCCCCCUGUUAAAUGUUAAGUUAUACGUAUGACGUAUAGAUGUAUAUGAGAAAUCAAUUGUAUUUUAUCGUAUCGUCGAUUUAGAGUUUAAAUUCUUGUUUACGGCGUUCAAACCCUCGAACGACGGUAGCCGGGUCAAUCGUGACCCAGUGAUCUGACAAUACUCAGAAUUAUCAAAUAAAAAUCUUACAUACGUUAAGAAAAUAAUAGGAUCUAAAGAAAUAGUAGAAAAUUUAGAAAGUUCAGAUGAAAUGAAAAUUUUAAAUCAUUGGGUAGGAUCGAUAGAGACCCAGCUCCGUCAUACGAGGGUUAAUGAAAGAACAACGCGAUUGAUUAAUCUGUUAAUGAUCGGGCGCGUUGAUCGAGCAAGCUUUUAUUUUAUACCAAGACUAUGAGAACUCUUAAUGUCGCCAUUCCAAGAUAGACGGGUGCCAUCCAAGCAUUAUCUCUUCAUAGCGUUACGUUCAUACACUUCUGUUCGAUCUUUUCUCAAGCACGCGCGAUAACGUCACAUCAUACCGAAUGAUCAAGGACCUACAAUAUUCCAUAUGGUUCGCGUGAAACGCUGCCAAUUUCUUCCGCAAACUGUUCACCUUCGUGUCUCACUAUUUAUACGUACCGUUCAAGGAGAAUCUUAAUACUGAUUAAGCAUUCUUAGGAUACUUCGCCGUCAUUCCAGAUGCUCCUGAGUAGCCCAGGAUCCUUUUGAUAUUAUUACCAAGAGCAAGUAUUAAUCAAAUACGUAAUUUCUCAAGUUGGAUGAUCAUGAAAGAGGACACAGCUUCGUGUAUAAACUGUUAGUAGGGAUUAGUUAUGCGAAAAAUUUCGAUCGAAUCACUGUCGCGGUUCAUUGCGAUCAGCAAUAUUUAGGAUAGAUAGUUGUAUCGAUAUCUUUAAUAAACCACAGUCGUUGUUAGAAUGUUAGGCGAUCCUUUGAGGACAACCGAUCGAACAAUUUAUUUCAUUAGCGAUCAAGAGUGUAUCAUGGAGUGUUUUAUCAUGGAGACUUUCACUAUGUACGUCCACUUGCCAAUCUCUAAAUCACAUAUAUUGUACAUACGUCGAUAGUCCUCAAAGGAUUAAUCACGUGAAACCCGAGUUUAUCUUGUUUAUGGCGGAAACGACUCUGUGUAACUUCGUCAUCGUCGUAGCUUUCGGAUGAAUGACAAGAUAUAAAACUAUAAAAUAGCCUGCGGUCGUAUCGUUUUUAAGAUUGAAGUAACAUUAACGUGCCACUGGUGAAAGCGAGCCAUUCGUCGUUCAUAAGUAUAGUGAUUUUGUAUCGCUCGCAUGUACAUACAUGUAUUAUCAGGUGCAAUUUAGACUUUUUGUUUUGGUCAGAAGGGAGUAUGAGGAAAAGAGUGUUCUACCAGUUGCCUUAUUUGUUCGUGUUCUUUGCGUGCAAGGAUAAGAGGCUCUCCUUGGGCUCAUCCUGGGUCCAUCCAGGAUUAUAGACCAAUGGUAGGUUCUUCUUCUUCUAGACUUACUUUUAACCAAAAUAAACCUAUAUUGCAUUUGAAUAUACACACUCACACGUAUACAUACUCGUAUUGCACCCCUGCAAGAAAAAUGACUCAAGUUUGAAUUUUUUAAAUUUCUGAUGAAUUAUAUGUACUUUUCAAUUAGCAUGAAUAAUUAAUUUUGAAAUAUGUAACUUUUUUGGAUUUUUCUUUGUAUCACUUUUCUUGUGGAACAGCUGUACAUACAACACUGUCAUCAAUUAUAAAAUCAUUGUUAGUUCACGUUUAGAUUCGACUAGAGAAGAAAAACUCAUUGUUAUACACACAUAUUAAACCACGACACCGAUAUCAAAGCAAGGAUCAAAAUACGCUUGUAAAAUGCAUAUUAUUAUAUGAGUACUAUAUUUUGUUACAUCAAUUGCAAGACAGCAUAUAGUUUGAUAUUACUAAUUAUAUAUAUAUACAUAUAUAUAUGAUUCUAUUGACUAGAUCUACGUAAUACGUAUAUUAUUAUUAAUAUUAUUAUUUUUAUACAAGGGGUGAGUGUAUCCAUGGUGCGAGAAUGAGAGUAAUAUGGAAGGAUCGAAAGAGGAAGAAGAGAAAGAAGAAUGAACGUGGAAGAAUGAAUGAAGAGAUGAAGUAUGUCUGAAGUUCGACGGAGAAGAAGAGGUAUUUUAGAAAUAUGAAGAUUGUUAGCGUUGCUCCAUGACAUUUUUAUUCGUAAUCAAUAUCUUCCCCGACACCCUGCUCAUUUUAUUACCAUAUAAAGUUAGCCACCCUACCAUCGACCCACCCCUCGAAUCAUUCUUCUUUGAUCAUUUGCAGUUAAGUCUCGAUAGACUCGUCGCAUUUGCAGGAACGAAUCUUUUCUUUCUUUUUUUUUUUUUUUUUUAAUCGCUAUGGUAUCAUCCCUUAUAAUCUUUACGUUUAUUAAUAUUAUUAAUUAAUGUUAUACAUCCAUGAAAGGCAGUCGCGUUACAGUCAGGAGAAGACCUCGAUCGCAAACGAGACCCCAGUGAAGAGACGAAGAAAGGAGUAUAACGCGUUCGUUUUCUUUUUUCUUUCUUCUCCUAAUUUUUUAUUUUGCGUCCAGGCAUAGUUUUUAGAAGAGGAGCCGAUUCGUGGCCUUCUCCUGAACGUUCGUCAGCCAUCUCGAUAUCGUACUUAAAACGACGUAAACGACGAUGCGAUACGAGCCGAAAACGGCCUCGUUCUUUUAUAGAUGUUUGUUAGAACGUGUAAGAGAAGAAAAGAAGUUAGUGUGUUGAUGAUACGGCCGAUUUUAGGCCGAGCGCGCGCAGUGUACUGUUUUGUUAAGGAGAUGAAGAAGCAGAGACAAGUUGCGGAACAGAAGUGAAUGCGAGAAUAUCGAAUAUAAUACCGUUUUCGCGUUGUCUUGCCAUCGUGAGAUUGUGCCAGAGGUGAUAUUAUAUUACGCUGUUUAUUGCAAACAAUAAAUAUUAUAUUAGUACGUUUUAUAAA